AAGAAAAAGCAGAGAAAGAAAAGUUCAAAGCACUCUUCGGACAAGGCCAGGCGUAUAUAAUUAAAAGAAAACAAAAAAAGGUCUUAUAUUAAGUUAUUAGAAAGUAAUUAAAUUGAAAAUUGGUCAUAACAAUGGAUGCAAAUGCAGUUCAACAAUGUGCCUCCUCCCCAAUAGAGCAAAAAGCAGCAGUAGAAGCAGCCGCCAGUGAUGGACCCGAGGAAGCAUCGUCUGCAGCGGUGGCGGCGGUAAGUGAAAGCGUGUCAACGGAAAAGGUGGCCACUAAUAAGGCGGCAACAAACGCAGUGGUUAACGAGACUGCCCUGCAGAUAUCAAGUGGAGAGAAUGCAGAAAUAGAGGAAGCACCGCCAACAAAGCGACUUAAGGCGGAAUUAGAAGCUGAAAAAUCAAAGGAUGCUGAGGAGAAUGAAAGCCUCUUUGGAAAUAUGUCUACGACCUCGGUCGCAGGUUCCAUAUCAGAAGGUAGUCUAUACAACUUGCAAGCAAAAGAUCUUAGUUUAGAUGGGGUAGUUGCUUCGAACGUUACGUCGCGAAAAUUCCAACGCAUUCCCAUAUUCAUAGCCGAUUAUCACAAUGAUGUAUUGGAAUUUAUAUACCGCUGCUUGGCUACGCGCCAUUUGCCACUUCAAAAUAAUAUACUAGUGCAUUUUGAUUCGCAUCCAGACAUGGUUAUAUCUCGUGAGAUUCCGGCCAGUGCUUCCUUUGAUAAAGAAACUAUGUUAGCUGAACUUAGUAUUGAAAACUGGAUAAUGCCAGCUUGCUAUGCAGGCCAUUUUAAUCGAGUUGUUUGGCUGAAGAACUCUUGGUGCCAACAAAUUCCUCUGGGCAAAUAUAACUUUAAAAUUGGACACAAAAAUGAUAAGAUAAGCGUCGAUUGUCCACUUGACUACUUCAUAUCCGAGGGUAACUAUUGUGAUACCAAGGAAUUGCAUGAAACGCGCAACAUGGAACUACAAGUGAUCAACGUAGACACGUCCACCGAGAGUUCGCCAAUAGAUACCGAACAGUUUAUAAAAGCUACGGAUGCACCAAAUUUUGUACUAGACAUUGAUUUAGAUUUUUUCAGCACCUCUAAUCCGUUUUUGGAAAUUUAUAAAGAUGCUAACUGCUACGAACAACUCACCGACAUAUUCCACUUUGAACCAGAGGUUAAGGAUUGUGGUGGCACUACGGAACGUAGAAAACUGCAAUUGGAAGCGCUUAAAAAGAUAUUUGAGCACUUGGAAGAGGCAAGAACAUUAGAAGGGCUCGCUCCAGCGCCCGAUCCGUCUAUAAUUGCGCCAGAGACUUAUGCACGCAUUGAAAAUCUCACAAAAUUACUACAGAAGCAUUAUGCUGACGAUGAGAUAGACUGGUUGCUCAUCUAUGAUUCGGGUAGUACUACAGAUACGAAUGGACUGCCGCAUCAUAUCAGUACUUCUAAGGAGUUGGAACAAUAUUUCGCACAAUUUAAGAAAUUGCUACAAAAUUUGCCAGCACCGCCGGUGCUAAUUACCAUGGCUUGCUCGGCUGAGGACGAUUACUGCCCCAAGCAUCAAGUGAGCUUCAUUCAAGAACAGGUGUUGCAAGUAUUGCGCGAAGUGUUUGGCGAACGGUUGCAUGAUAAGCCUAUACUACAUUAUUUGGACGAGGAAUGGGAUGUAAUGCAUCUAUAAUGCGAAGACUUAGACAACGUUGCCGCAACAACAACAACAUUGGCUAUGUUUAAGGCUACUCGUAUUUUAGUUAAAAUGUUUAUUUGGCUUACACAUUGUUAGUAUAUUUAUGUGGAUUAUGUAAUUCAGUAGAUACUUUUCGUUCAGGUUUGAUUUAUACAAACACGGUAUUUGUGUAAACCAUUUAAACAUUUGACGAUGAAAAAGUUAUAUAUUUAAGAAACUGCGUAUUAAUUAUUUAGAUUAUUUCUUAUUUUUUACUGAAAGUGAAGAAAUGUAACAAUUAUACCACUAAAAUUUAUGAGUAUUUGGAAACACUCUUGACUACUUACUUAUACAUAAACAUUUAUAAAACUCGAAUUAGCGAAAUAAGUAUGAAAAUAAUAUCAAAACCCAAUAAAGAGCUCGUUGUAGCAGUAAUGUUUGGUUUCCGCUGUUACGAACAAAAAAAAUACAAGGAAAUGAAACUAGUAUUUACAAUAAAAAGGUCAUUAGUUAAUAAAAAGGCAAAACUUUUCCCUAUGCAUAUUAUCUUGGCCUAUUCGCCAUCACAAAGCACACACACAUACAUUCCCGACCCCAGUCGUUGGCAUAACUGCUCAAACUUUAUUAUGCUCCUCUAUUCGACUCGAUACAUACACACAUACCGCAUGCCCCAUGCCGUUGUCCACCCUUAAAUAGCUGACCAUUUGUAGUGAAGUUGGUUUGUUGCUAGACCCACUGCAUCGAUUUUAAAAGCAUUAACAUGUGCUAAAGUUUCUUGUACCCAGAAUUUGGCUGGUACCCGUGACGUGCCGUUUCUCUUACCUACUGUGUGAAUAUACUUUUGAAUUUCUUAGGGUCGUAAAACGGCCCUUAGCCAAAUAAGCAUACCGUUGUUUGUGUUAAUUUAGUUUUAACAUAAAGCAGUUAGUCGUUGGUGGACAUUGUAGCCGCUGACACGCACCCACUUUUUGUGGUAGUUGGACAAACCGGUGGAUAAAGUAAGAAUUUUGGUAUUGUGCAAGAAGGUGUGAUAGAGAUUCGAUGUACGAAAUUUUAAAAAUGGUUUUGGUUUGGAGUAUUUUUAACGGUCGAUAUCUUUAAAAUAUUUGGUUCAAGUAAAUUUACUUUGUGAGCUGUAAGAGUGUUGUGAAAUGCACGGACCAUAUAUCUUUGAGUUGCAGUGCAGAUCCUCUUUUGUGAAAACAUUCACUAUUUCCAUAACGCAGCGGAGAACGCUACCGCAAGGCUACAUCUAAGGCACUCGCUGCUCAAACUGAAAUAUGCUGCUACACUUAAAACACUUAUUAAAUAAAAAAAAAAAACAGCUGAGACUACACCUAUGAGAAAAUACCGUUAGCAACCGCUAGUUAGCGACCAACAACAGUUUAUGUUCAAAUUCACCGGCAAAACAAAAAAGAAACAAAUGUUUAUACCUAUUAACAUACAUACAUAGAUUAAUGAAGUUCAAAGGGGAGCAGAGCAGUGUGACCCCAAAUUCUACUAACUAUUGUUGUCAACACAAACAUAUGAAACAAUUUUUUUCCAGGCUUUUCAAGCACAAGGUUGCGAUUACUAAUGAGAACAAAUAUAGUUCAGUUAUUUUAAUAUCUUUAACUGAGUUUUAAAAUAUGUUUCGUAAGGGAUUUUUUGUUAAAAUAGAAAUUCAAUUGCAUGCGGUAAGUGGAAUAGUUAUUAA